CCACCCCAAUUACGGUCAGUAAGUAGGCUCCGCCUUUAGCGCUGCUGCAGUGAGAAGGACGACUCUAUGUCUUUUCUAACAGUUCACUCUUGAUAUGUCUUUAAUAUACGUUUUCUUAGCUUUAUUAGUCGUUACUUCAGAAGCUAGAAGAAGAUAUCAAGACUGCCAUGAAGAUACGAUAGAAUCUAGAGAAGAAUCUGCAGAUGUUGUUUUGACUGGCACCGUUAAUCGUGUUUACACUUCAUCAAGAGGUCAUUACAGUUGCGAAGUUAGAAUUAAGAGAAUUAUCAAAGGAGAUAGGUUGGAAGCUGGCAAUAAUGUCUUAGUCGAAGGGCUAGGUAAUGAAGACUUUUGUGAUAGUCAUCUGAGGAGCGGCGAUACCCGUAUAUUUAUGCUCAAUCGGCUAAGUAUCGGGCUUUACCGCUUAAAUUCUAGCCUGUUACAAAUUAACGUGCCUAAUUUGGAUAGAGUUCGAAACGCUGUCAAAGAUGAAAUACGUCCAAGAAGGCCUCCAAUAUUAGAUGAACCAUGCGAAAAGAAAUAUUGCCCUCACAACGGCGAUUGUCACUUCGACAAAAGAAUUCAAUUAGCAUCCUGCAGAUGCCCCGAUUCAUGCAUUUACGGAGGACACAUCCCUGUAUGUGGUAGCGAUGGAAUCACGUACCCUUCUUGGUGUAGUUUUCGCAUUGACACCUGUAAACAGAGGAAAGAUGUGUAUAUGAAACACGAAGGAACGUGUCAAAUUAGCAGAUCUUUUUAAUUUCGUAGAAAAAUAUAAUAAUAACACAUGAUUAAAAACAGCUAUAAAUAAUACUUAGAUACCAGUAGAAUCUUAAAACUAAUUAUGUAUUAGCUGAUACAAAUUAUUUUUAUUAACUUUUUACAAUCUAUUAUUAUAAUUAAUACCUUUAAAGAAAAUUGUAAAAAACAUAGAUUUAUGUUUGUUAUUCGUUAAAGAUAAAUGCUUUUAUAAUUUAUUAAUUAACCUUUAAAUAAUCUUCCACUUAAUAAAAUAUAUAAAAUUUAUAUUAAAUCUUGUAACUAGAUUAUUUUGAAUUUCAUCUAAUAGUUUUUAAAUUUUCUUUGAAUUAUAGUAUAACGCACAAUCAUUCUAAAUAUAUAGAAAUCUUUGUAAGCAAUAUUUCAAUAUUUAAAUUACAUUGUUUUGCAGGAUUUAGCUUGCAGGUUUAAACUAUUAGCUUCUACGGUUAACCAAAGGAGAUAAUAAUUUAAAUUUCGUUAUUUUAAAAAUAUUUACGUAACAUUUGAUUUAUUGCAUACGUAUGUAGCAACUUAUUUAACAUUAAAACAGUGAUUUAAAUUUUAAAUCGAAUUUUGUAGAGGAAAAUUUCAUUAUCAAACAAAAAAAUAAUUGAAAAUGGAAGAAUUUUUGAAUAUUUUUUUUAUUUUUUGCGUCAUAUUAUCUAUAUAUACAAAAGUAAACAACAUUAAAAAACAAAUGAAUUCUUAUAGAUAACGAAUUAUCAAAAGAAAAAUGUAGUAGUUAAAUCGUCUCACAACAAAAUUACAUAAUAUAAAGUACAAGUUAUACUAUAUUUACGAAAAUAGCUUUUUAUCUGUUGUGAUUUUUAGUUUUAUUAUUAUUAUUAACUUGUAUAUUAUAACCUGGUAUUUUAUAUAAUUUUAAUUAAAUUAAAUAUUUCAACUAUCUUUAAAGUUUAAUAUAAUUAUUAUAUCAUAUUGUUUACUUCUGAUAUCUGUUAGUGAAAUUUGAUGAUGUAACGCAAUUCAGCUUUACUUUUCUCAUAGUCAAUACAUUAUCUUAUUUUUAUCGUUUCUUAACUUUUAAAGAGAUAUUACAUUUUUUAAAAAUAUAUUACACAAUAUAAAA